AAAAACAAACAACCGAACAUAAUCGUAAAUCAUCCCUCGAUUUACACAACACAUGCACGCUGCUUCUAAACACACUUGUUGUUUCUGGUAAAAUUUAAGGUUAUAUACAAAGUCUAAACAAGACAUUUUAUUUUUUCUUCAAACGUAUGUAAAGAGGCAAUUGGAGUUUGUAUUGUUUUGUUUAUUGUUUUAUUUCGUAGUUUCAUUAAACUGUGAAGAACACAAAGGCACAUGUUUGAGUAUUGUUGAUGGAGUAAAGUUAAUCUGACGGAAGACAAAGGUAGUAUAAUUAAGCUUCCAGAUAGCUGCUGGGCUAUCCUCUGGGCAAACAUGGACAAAUAUGAGAACCUGGGGCUUGUCGGAGAAGGGAGCUAUGGAAUGGUGAUGAAAUGCAGGAACAAAGAAAAUGGAAGGAUAGUUGCAAUAAAGAAAUUUCUGGAAAGUGAUGAUGACAAAAUGGUGAAGAAAAUUGCCAUGAGAGAAAUAAAGUUGUUAAAGCAACUCAGACAUGAGAAUUUGGUCAAUCUUCUUGAAGUGUGCAAGAAAAAGAGACGCUGGUAUCUUGUGUUUGAGUUUGUGGACCGUACUCUAUUAGAUGAUCUGGAACAGUUUCCAAACGGACUUGACUACAAUAAAGUUAAAAAGUAUCUCUUCCAGAUUCUGAGGGCCAUCACUUUUUGCCAUCAUCAUAGCAUUAUACACCGUGAUAUAAAGCCUGAGAACAUACUGAUAUCUCAGUAUGGGGUUGUCAAAUUGUGUGAUUUUGGAUUUGCCAGAACGAUGGCAGCCCCUGGUGAGGUAUAUACUGACUACGUGGCCACACGCUGGUACAGAGCUCCAGAACUACUCGUAGGAGACACAAAGUAUGGCAAAGCCGUAGAUGUAUGGGCUGUUGGCUGUUUGAUUGUUGAGAUGCUUACAGGAGAACCUCUUUUCCCAGGAGAUUCUGAUAUUGAUCAGGUGUAUCAUGUCAUGAGGUGUUUUGGUAAUUUAACCCCAAGGCAUCAAGAACUAUUCUACAAAAACCCAACUUUUGCAGGAGUGAGACUCCCUGAAAUAAAAGAAAUGGAACCUCUGGAAAGACAUUUUCCAAAACAAUCAUCAGUUGUUUUAGAUUUGGUAAAGAAAUGUUUACAGAUUGAUCCAGACAAUAGGCUGUCCUGCAGUGAGCUGCUGCAACAUGAGUAUUUUAACAAAGAUGGCUUUGCUGAAAGAUUCACACAAGAGCUUAAUACUAAAAUCCAGAAGGGCCUGAAAGAGAACACUUCUGUACCCAAAAAGUCAAAAAUGACAAAAAGGGAUAAAGAAGAUUCUUUAGUGGAGGAUAAGAAACUAAGAAGCCAGGACUCUAAUGCAGAUAUAAAAAACAAAGAUAAUAAACCCAAUGUCAAAAUAAAGUCAAAAGAGUUGACAGCUGAGGCUGAAAAGGUUGACAGAUCAGCUUCUACAAAUGGGAAUGAGAUCCUGGACAAGACUACUGAAAGCAGGGCAAGCCUCAGCAAGGCUGUGCCUCCAUCUCUUAAAGAUGUAAAUGGCAACCAUGACCGUCCUAAGUCUCCAGCGGGAACCCUCAUUCCUCCCAUCUCACACUAUCCCCUGGCCAUCACGACCAGCUGCAUGAACCUGAAUGCUGGGUCUGGGACUGUUCCAGGACCUCACAGCUUCAGAUGGCUUGUGAAACCUAAUGAUGGCAGUGAAGUUGACAGGGCAAACGAGAAGAUGAAGAAACAUAUGCCCCUUUUUAAAAAACAAAGCCAACAACCCAUGUCGAGUCACUACAAUGUAAGCCUUGCUGCCCGGUUCCCAAAUGAAAGGAGUGGUAUUCAUGAGUGGUCAAUUCAUACUGAUCGAAUGGGGAAUGCAAUCAAGAAAAAAUGGGAAUUCUGCAAAUCAGAUGUUCAUCUGCCAGAACUGAACAGUAAUCAUCUGCCUGAGCUAAAAGGAGUCGAAGGCAAAAAUUCAAAGAUAUUAAAGAAAGAAAACAGGAGAGUUCCAGAAUCCCGUAUACCUUCUCUAGCUGCAAUGGACCUUCACUCCAGCGUGCCUUCGCAACAGAUAUCUGGAAGCUCAUUUCACGAACACACAGACGCAAACUUCCCCCGUGUUGAGUACUAAACCUUUAAACCUUGGUGCUUUUAGAGCAUUACUCUGUACAAAGUUACUCCUAU